GAUGCAAAGACAUCGAUUAAAUUUUGUAAUCACUGAACUUAUAUUGUAAACAAAUACAAAUACUGAACACCAAAAACAUGUUUGCGACCGAAGAACGUGAUAUUGAAAUUGUAUUUAAUGAAGAAGACUUACCUUACGAGGAGGAGAUUCUGAGAAACCCGUUUUCAGUGAAGCACUGGCUGCGAUACAUUGAACACAAGAAGGGCAGCCCUAAACAUAGAGUGAAUAUUAUAUAUGAGAGAGCGCUCAAAGAACUGCCAGGAAGCUACAAGCUAUGGUACAACUACCUGAAGCUGAGGAGACGGCAAGUAAAGGGUCGCUGCAUCACUGAUCCCUCCUAUCAGGACGUGAACAACGCUUUCGAGAGGUCUCUUGUGUUCAUGCACAAGAUGCCGCGCAUCUGGCUGGACUACUGCCAGUUCCUGAUGGACCAAUGCCGCAUCACGAGGACGCGGCAGGUGUUUGACCGCGCCCUGCGCGCCCUGCCGAUAACACAGCACCACAGGGUGUGGCCGCUCUACCUCACCUUCAUCCGGCAGCACGACGUCCCGGAGACUGCAGUCCGGGUGUUCCGGAGGUACCUCAAGCUGUGCCCGGAAGAUGCGGAAGACUACAUAGAGUACUUGAGCGAGAUACACAGACUGGACGAAGCAGCUAUCAAGUUGGCAUACAUUGUGAACAAAGAGGACUUUGUAUCGAAGCACGGGAAGUCGAACCACCAACUGUGGAAUGAACUUUGUGAGCUCAUCUCAAAGAACCCUGACAAAGUCAGGUCCCUGAAUGUUGACGCCAUCAUCCGCGGAGGGCUGCGGAGGUACACAGAUCAGCUGGGCCACCUGUGGAACUCCCUGGCGGACUACUACGUGAGGAGUGGCCUGUUCGAGAGGGCCCGCGACAUCUACGAAGAGGCCAUUCAGACGGUCACCACGGUCCGAGACUUCACGCAGGUCUUCGACGCCUACGCCCAGUUUGAGGAGCUGAGCCUCAGCAAAAGGAUGGAGGAAGCUGCCAAUAAUACCAACCCUACUGAAGAAGACGAGGUGGAGCUGGAGCUGCGACUGGCGAGGUUCGAGCACCUCAUGGAGCGCCGCCUGCUGCUGCUCAACUCGGUGCUGCUCCGCCAGAACCCCCACAACGUGCAGGAGUGGCACAAGCGCGUCAAGCUGUACGAGGGCAAGCCCCACGAGAUAAUCAACACUUACACGGAAGCUGUGCAGACGGUGGACCCAAAACUGGCAGUCGGGAAGCUGCACACUCUGUGGGUGGCGUUUGCCAAGUUCUACGAGGAGAACGGGCAGAUUGACGAUGCUCGCUUGGUGUUUGAGAAGGCCACGCUCGUGCCGUAUGUGAAGGUUGAAGACUUGGCGUCUGUGUGGUGCGAGUGGGCCGAGAUGGAAAUCAGACACGAGAACUACGAAGAAGCUCUCAAGCUGAUGCAGAAAGCGACGGUAAUGCCAGCAAGGAAGGUGGCGUACCACGACGAGACUGAAACUGUGCAGAUGCGCUUGUACAAGUCACUGAAAGUGUGGUCCAUGUACGCAGAUCUGGAGGAAAGUUUUGGCACGUUCAAGUCUUGCAAAUCAGUAUAUGACCGUAUCAUCGACUUGAAGAUAGCUACUCCACAAAUAAUAAUAAAUUAUGGCUUGUUCCUUGAAGAACAUAACUACUUUGAAGAGGCAUUCAGGGCAUAUGAAAAAGGAAUUGCGCUCUUCAAGUGGCCGAAUGUUUACGACAUAUGGAACACGUACUUGACGAAGUUCUUGAAGCGCUACGGUGGCACAAAACUCGAGCGAGCUCGGGACUUGUUUGAACAGUGCUUAGAGCAUUGCCCACCAAAGUUUGCUAAAGCUCUGUAUCUUCUGUAUGCAAAGCUAGAGGAGGAACACGGGAUGGCCAGACACGCGAUGGCAGUGUACGAGAGAGCUACCAAAGCUGUUCUUCCAGAGGAGAUGUUUGAGUUGUUUAACAUCUACAUAAAGAAGGCAGCCGAGAUCUAUGGCGUUCCCAAAACAAGGCAGAUCUACGAAAAAGCCAUCGAGAUUCUUACCGAAGAGAAUUCCAGGGAAAUGUGUCUGAGAUUUGCGGAAAUGGAGACGAAACUUGGAGAAAUCGACAGAGCACGUGCCAUUUACGCUCACUGCAGUCAGAUGUGUGAUCCUCGGGUGACUGCCGAGUUUUGGCAGACAUGGAAAGAGUUUGAAGUUCGCCACGGCAACGAAGACACGAUGAGAGAGAUGCUGCGAAUCAAGAGGAGCGUGCAAGCCACGUACAACACACAGGUGAACAUGAUGUCGGCCCAGAUGCUGUCGGCCGCCACGAACGUGUCCGGCACGGUGGCCGACCUGGCGCCGGGAGCCAAGGACGGCAUGAGGAUGCUCGAGGCGAAGGCAGCCCAGAUGGCACAGGAGGAUCGCCCCAGCCAGCCACAGCCCAAAGGAGGAAGUAUCCUGUUUGUUCGGGGCGAGACCCAAGGCCAGGACAGAGACGGCACGGACAAGUCUCGAGUUAUUAACCCUGACGAGAUCAACAUCGAUGAAGAUGACGACGACAGUUCCAGCGAGGAGGAAGGGGAGGAGGAGGAGGAAGGAGAUGAUGGUCUGCCAGUGCAGAAACAAGCUAUUCCAGCUGAAGUAUUUGGCAGCUUGAAACCUAGGCCAAAUAAUGAAGAAGAUUCUGCAAGUGAUUAGAAACAAUACGUAUAUGAAAGUAACCUGUAAAAUUGUGUUUCUGGUAUACAUUACAGUUAUAUCCAAGUCAGUCUGAGAAAGUGCAUAUACUUCAUGGCAGUUCGGAGUUGGAUAAAAGGUGUUAUAUAUCCCGAUUUAUAUUAGUUUUUUUUCUACCUAGCUGAAGUCAUGAUAAAUUAGCUAAGUAGAGUUAGAGAUUAGAAAUGUACAAGAAAUCUGUUUAGUGCUGAUAAUAUACAUGACAGUCCUUAAUAAAAAACAAUAACAGUAAA